GUGAAGGCUGGGAGGGAUUGGAGAGGUGAACUGCUGGAGGAGGAACAGACCAUGGGGAGGAGGCCCAGGAGAGGUGGAGGAGGCUCUUGGGCAGGCUGGGACUGGCCAGGACACCACAACGUUGCCAGGUGACAGACAACAGCAGCUCCGGGGUGCACUGAGCACACUGACAUCUUGUCUUUUCCCAGGGAGGGUCCCCUCUGUGCCCCCCGGCCAUCACACAGCACAGGAGGCUGAGCCCGGCUGCAUCCUGCUUGGGGCGUUCACUCUGAAGCCUAAUGAGGACCUCGAGCCUUCUGCAGCAGAACCCUGCAGCUCCUUCCCUGUCCCCCCUGCAGCAACGUGGGGCUGGGAUGUAUGGCAGGGCCUGCAGUGCCUCUCCUGCUGCUGCCAGUGUCCGUGGGAUGGCUGUGGCUCCCGCUGAGGGCAGAACUCCGGCUGCAGAUCCCAGCUUGGAGGGCUCCAGACUUGCUGCUCCCCAUGCAGGGCUGGUGGAACACGGAGUGUGGAGCUGUUGGGGGCCAAAGUGGGGCAGAAGGAGCAGCUGCAGCUCUGUCUACACCGAAGAUGUGGCUGCUGGGUGUUGGGAGGGCACAGCGGGGACCUCCGAGGAGGAAGAGGAUGAUGGCAGCAGGCAGGAUGUGUCCCCAGGGUUGAUGAGGAGGGGGAGCCUGGAGUCGCUUGGAGCCAGGAUAUCCAGGCUGAGCCAGAGUGGGGCUGAGACCCCCUGCCCAGCCCCCUCUGAGCACCCAGCACAGGGCAGGGGGGAUGCAUCCCAUUGGGCACCACGCUCCAAGGCAAAGCCCUCAGUCACUGCUUUGCAUGGUGGGGAUGGGGACACUGGACAUCUCUGGACACCCUCAGGCAGCUCAGUCAGCAGGAGCAGGACCAGGGCCAUAGGACAUAGUGGAUGGCAGGAGCCACCAGCACAACGGGGGUGGCAUGGAGGGGAUGUCACCCUCACUGCGGAGAAGGAAGGAGAUGGCAACGAGCGGAGGAGGGCUCUUUGCACCAAAGCAGCAGCAGUGGGACCUGCUGGGAAAUGCAGCCCCCAGGCAGAGGGGCAGCACAGUGUGUCCUGCCCAGGGCAUGUGGCUGAGCCCCAGUGGCAGCGCUGGAAGCAGAAGGCCAUCCUGUCCCACAGGCUGGCAGCACUGAGCCGAGCCCUGCAGAGCAGCCAGGAGGGGAUGUGGGAGCCAAGAGCUGGAGCUCAGGGCAUGCAGAGCAAUGGGGAUGGGGCCAGGGCGUGUGCAUGGGAUUGCGUGGAGAAGGUGCAGGGGUGGAAGGGCUGCGCUGAAUGCUGUGAGAAGAUGAGGAGGAAAACGCUGGAUCUCAGGGAAGAGAAGCAGGAGCUGAAGGAGAGGCUCUGUGGGCUGGAGCUCCAGAUGUGCUCCGUGCUGCGGCAGAGACAGGAGGCAUUAGGGCAACUGCGGGCAGUGCUGCAGAAGGAGAGGAUGGCCACGCUCCAUCAGCUGCAGGAGAGCAUGGAGAAGGUGAAUGGAUGUCAGGAGAACUGUCACCUGAAGGAGCUGGCAGCCCCAGCAGCCCUGAAGGAGCCACUGACCACAGUGAGAGCCCUGCGGGUGGCAGGAGGUCCUGCCCCACAUCCAACACUGCCUGCAGGAGCUGCAAGUAGAGGACCUUGGUGUGCUGGGAGCAGAGCUGGGCACCACAGCAAGUAUAGAGGUAUAGGGACGGCUGAGACAAGGGACUUGAUCACUGCCACUGCAUCACCAACUGGACAAAUGAAGAGUAUGAGGUGCUCCAAGGGGUGGGAGCAGCCCCACAGCAGGGCUCAGGGCCCUGUGGUUUGGUUUCUAACCUAGGGACAUUGGGUAGAUCCUGUCAUAACCAUAUGGGGUAGGGGACAUUGGGCUCAUCUGUGGAGGGCUGAAGGUGGGAGGGGACCUGAUGGUGGGAAAGGAUCGGCUAUGGGGAAGGCUAUAAGGUUCCUCAGGAGUCCUCAUCUGUGUUUUCUCAGAUGAAGAACCAGGUUCUUUUGCAUCUCUCCCACCCUGCAACAUAUCCUUCUCCCAGCCUGAGAUACAGCCAUAGGACAAACCCGAAAGGCAAAUUGGAUGUGGUGCUUCCCUUUCUGCUCCAUUACAUUUAAUGGAUUAUGGCUUUCUCCUAGGGGUUCCUGAUGCCACCUCUUGACGUUCCUCCGAGCCCCAACAGGAUCAAGCUCACUGCUGCAACCAGGACUUGAGAUGAAGCAUGGAGGUGGCGAUGCAUCCCUCUGCUUCCCCAUGCACAAUCAGAACGACCAGUUGUGAAGCUGCUGAAUGGGGUCCCACAGAGUUUCCCAUGUAGAAGCUUUCCCUUAGGUCCAGGCUGGGCUCCUUCCCAGGGCUGGGGACUGUGGGAUGUGCCAGGCUGCUGUAAAGGUCCUGCUGCAAGAACAUGGAUUCCCAACCAGCAUCGUUGCUCCUCACACUCAUUUACGAGCUUGGAAUGGAGAGGUCCUAUGUUGCAGGAGUGGGGUGCUCAGUGGGGCGGGGAUGAAGCUUUUGGGUUGAGGUGAGAUAUGGGGAAGGAGGUGGGGAGUAAGGGCUGUGGGGAAGUCUUGUGCUUGGAAGCUUUGGGAUGCUGCUGCAAUCCCAGUCAAAAUCACCCAGUGCAAUACAUGUCCCUGUGGAAGGCAAUUGCAAGACCCAUGAAACAGAUUUUGUUUGACAUACCUAAAACUGGAUGAAAUACCAAUGGUGUGUGCCAGAAAUUAAGAACUAGGAUAUAGAUUUAAAAGAAAAAAUAAUGGCAUUUUUGUAAUUAAUAUGGGAAGUUCUGUUGGAGCAACACGUAAUUACAGAAACAGCCCUCUGGGACAAACCACUGUUCAAACACUGAUGGAUGAGAGCUGCUCAUCUCCACAGGGAAAAUGAGAAUCUCAGUCUAGGAAGGCAAAGCUAUUUGUACUGUGAUAAUGGUGAUCGUGAUUAUAUGGCAAAGGUGUCUGGGACUGAACUGGUAAUAAUAAAGGACUGAGGGUGGUUUUGGUAGACCCUUAUUUCAAGAAAACUGGGAAAUGAUUAUCUCUGCACAGUAUAAUUAUAACUAGAAAAUUAAUAAUAUGGAAUACAGUGGAAUGAAAUGGGAUGGGAUGGAACAGAAUGGGGGAGAAAGGAGAGGGUAGGAUAGGAUAGGAUAGGAUAGGAUAGGAUAGGAUAACCCAGUACACAAACUGGGUAAAAUGAAUUGAAGCCAGACUGAGCCUCAAGAAUAGCUGUUUUUCUUACUAUGGCCAGAGCUGCCUACCCAUGGCAGUACUGCUUAGCUGGAAGAUUGCUUGCCUUCUGCUUGAGUGAUUGUGUAUGUUUUUAUGGAAAGCACUCACCCAUUAGAGAUAUUUACUUAUGGAAAGUGUCUCCUAAUGCCUGGGGAUUGCAGACACUUGUGCUUCCUUGGUGAUGUAUUUGCUUUGUACAGAUUAAGUCCCCCCCGAUAAGGAAUGCAGGGUAAUUGGUGACCUCCUCAUCUCAUGAGAACCAUUUUUGUCUGUUCUGACGCGGGCAGAGAAGGCACUUGUGUCAGGUUAAUGAUGUCCCAGCAUGGCAAGAGACGUCUGGAUAAUUGGUGGCAUUUGUCACAAGGGAGGUGUCAUCUCCUUCCUUCCGCAGGAAUGGCUGCUGAGGGUAAUUAGCAAGAAUUAUUGCAUAGACGAUGGAAAUUGUUCACCAGUUUUAGCGCCUACGUCCCCCACAUGCUGCUAACCAGAGCUUCUCCCAAACACCUGCUGAACAGGGAACGGGCUGCUUGAUUCGAUGUAUUACAUAUAUUGCCCUCCUGCUUUUUAAUCCAUGCUGGUUAACCAGAGCCACUUGGGGCCGUUGUAAAGGCUCCCAUCAUUUGUAUGAAUUACAGGUAUGGGCUAAUUGAAGGUGAUGCUGACUCAGGCUGGUGCUCACACAGCUUUCAGGGGUGGCAGUUAAUUUCAGUCCCAUCUGAUGUUGCAGCAGAAGUGCCGGGUAAGCAGACAACUGCUGCUGCUGAUGAGAAAUACCUAUAGCCCCCAGUCGGUGUUGACUGAAUAGGAACGCACUUGCCUUGUGUUAAUUAACCAAAUCCCAUCAUUCCUGGGCAGUACUGGUUCAUCAGAAGUAUUUCAGUGAAUGUCAUGACUCAAUCCAGCCAAUCAACAGGGAGCACGGAGCAUAACUCAUGUUAUUAGUGUCAUACGGUAAUGCAGUGUGCAGCGGUGCUGAACUGACGGCAUAUUUGCUGCCUAUGAUCUAAUGCCAAUAAUUCCUGCAGGAUGCCACUGAAUCAGAACUGGUUUUGCCACUAACACCUCUUGCCAUUGCAUGGGCUCUGGGGAUGAUCAGGGUGAAGUAACUGCCCUAAACCAACAAGUAGCAAAUAAUAUUUUGUUCCCAGAGGGACACUCAGGUUUGGUGGCUGGGGGACCCAUUCGUCUCAGGGCAGAACACCCAACAGCCCCAGGACACCCCCUGGGCAGCAGUGUGGUCUCUGUUCCUCCCUCCUCCACCCCUACAGCUGCCAUAUGUCCAUCCAUUUCCACCCUCCUUGGUGUUAAUGGGGUACAAAAGUUGUUUACAAUGCAUAAUUCAGACAUUUGCAUUAAUGGGGGAUACGGCUGCUCAGCACGAUUAGGCUUGUCUUAUGCUGAUUAAUUCUCUUAAUUUCUAGGUAAUUAGAUUUAUGAGCUGCAUUUCUACCCAAUGGUUCCUGCCAUUAUUUAUGGCUGAGGUGCUGACUGUCAAUUGGUGCUAUAUGUGUCUCAAGUUGCUCCAUGCCCAUGCCCUGUAGAAGUCAUCUGCCCCUCGGAGGUGUUUGUGCACAUGGUGCCUUUCCCCAUAAUGGUGGUUGAAGAGGAGAGGAUUUGCCAUUGGCUGAUUAAUUCUCAGCAUCCCUUGGAAUUACAGACAAGGUCUCUUCUUAAUCUACCCAAUUGCCAUCAUCUGAAAGGACGUGGUUGUUAUUGAAAGCCCACUCUAUUGUUCACUGGUUGGCAAUAAAAAUCAUUUAGAGAAGCUAUGGGAAUAAGCACCUUCCAUUGACCGCUAUUUAUACUGUUAUGUCUCUGUCUUGUCCUAACUCUUCUAUCUUCAACAGUUUCACGGUCAAACAUGGGGCUGCUGGCUGUAAAAACUCUCUUUAGGGCUCAAGAGAAUGAGAAGAAUGGUUGGCGGUUCCUCAGAACUUUUGCUGCCCGUGGCCAUGCACUCAGCAUCCUUCUUGUUUGACGUCAGCUUGGAAUCCAACCUGGGCACGUUAAUGGAUAUAGAUCAGCUGCAACGUUCAUUUUGAGUAGAUCCUUUCCUUACGCCCAAAAUCAGCUUAUUUGGAAUCGCUCACUUUUACAUAGUCCCCCAUUAGAGACAAAUCCCACUCUACGGUGACUGUUACAGGCAAAUAAACCCGAGCAUCCUCUGCAGACAAGCAGUUACCCACUAGAUGGCAAGUUUGCUCCAUACAACGCCAUGCUCAGCGCUGCUCGGAGAAAAUGCAGAUGUGUUAAAAAAGAAGGCAGCAGGUCCCAUUUACUGAGAGACUUAAAGAUUUUUUCAUCUGCACAGCCAAGAGGGCAUAGAGCAGCAUCGAGACUAUAAGCCAAAUGGGCAAGCGUAGGAACAGCUGGGCUUUGCAUUAGGGGAGUGCAUUGGUGGCAGGUUACCAGGAGGGGAUGGAUCCUCACUGUCCUGCUGGGACACAAUCAACUGUACCAUUCUAAAUGAAACCAUGGCUGAGCAUCUCUCGAGUUGGGCAGUGCUUCCUUCCCCUGGAAGACUGCUGUUUCAAAGUACAACCUUUUGGGUUUUCAAUAUAGUGGGGAGGCACACUGACCUAUGUGGAAGCACAAAGACCUGACAUGGAGAAAUAGGAGCAGCCAAAGUUUGAAUCCCACAGGCCAUUUCUUGUGUGUCAUCUGUAGGAUCUGAACCUUGGAUCUAUCACUCAAAAACCAGCCCACGGGCUUAUAUGUAGCCCCACAAAGGGGGAAGAAGACACAGUUGUCCUUCUUCACUACUAUUUCCAUUAGCUCAUCGUAUUCAUCAUUGACACUCAUGGACUGCUUGCAAAACCACUGUUUUGUGCUCUGAGUGAAGUAACCCAAGGAGAAAACAGAGGCUUUUUCUGGAACAUGGGGAGGAAAGCAUUAAAAAGGCAGCAGCAUCUUUUGUAUGUGGUAAUAGGAUGACCAGAAUGCUAA